CGGAUUUCAAUGCGUCUUUCCCUAGGUCAGGUCGUCGGCUUUGUAUCUUAUAGCGAACGUGGAUGCCUCAAGUUAAGUAGCUGGUCCAGCGAAUUGGGGCGGAGCUCUCAACGAAGCACAACUUUCUUGUCAUGUCAAAACUUUCCCGCAUUCUCUAAUCUGAUCUACAAAGCCUUUGCCACCCCCCAAAUAGCAUCAAAUAUCUUUACAAGUUCCGUCGGCUUUAAGUGGGCAAUGUCGCCGAGAAAAAUGAUCGAGAACACGGCUGGUGUUCAUGCGCAAGAAAACAAAUUAAAGAAUUAUCUGAAGAAGAAGCCAUGGGCCCAGAGCUCGACCCUCAAUUCCAAACCAGUUCCAAAAAUUCCAAACGAGAAUUCUUUAGAGGUAGAACGUCCUCAUGCACAGCAUUACUCGUCAAAAGCGCAUGGAAAUAGAAGAGAUUCGACAUCCGGUAAACGGCAAACACCUCCUACACCCAACAGCAAGAAAAAAGCCGACGAUGCGCUCGCACUUGAAAGGGUGCGAAAUGAGAGACGAGAGCUAGAGAGAGGGUUGAGCAUAGAUUCGAUACCGGACGUUGAUGGUGAGGGUGUGCCUCCGAUUCCUCCACCACACGAUGCGACCGCUCAAUGCAAGCAGUCGACAAGACCAAUAGGGAAUGGCAUCCCGAGCCCCAAAUUAUACUCUUCUUCUGCCAGAAUACCUCCAUCAACCACCAGCUCAUCGAUACCUGGCCACACGGUCGUUCCACCUGCAGUUCCAUACUCCAAUCAUGUAUCUGGACCCCAAGGUCAUAAUGCCAACAUGAGAGAUGACGUACGGUAUUUGACACAAGGAAUACCGGAGCCAGUAUUGCAAGAUCAAAACUCGAUGUGGCAGGAAACCUCUCAGGCUAUGACUGUCAGUUUGCAGCAACAAAGGAAGCCAGUGCAACAACCGACUAACGUUUUCAAGAGAAAGCCGCCAGAGGUCGGGAUGCCUGACGUCUCACUGGAUAACCUACAGAAAGCCAGCGAUCAGGCUCUGCAAGUCAAAGAGAUGUGCAUAAGAAAUCUGGAAAUCCAACUAAGUGACUUGAGACAUGCUCAUGACAAUGCUUCCGCCAACGUUACCAUCGUAGAUGAAGAAAAUACAAAACUCAAAGCCGAAAUAUUGAGUUGGCAAAAGCAGUUCGAGAAGGUCAACCAGGAGCUGCUGCAGACAAGGUCAGAGGUGAGGAACAAGGUGGACGACAAAUGGUUACUUGCGCAAUGGGACGACCUACACGCCAAAAUCGAGAACCUAUCCCAUUUGUACUUUGUUGGCCGCCCAACCAAAGUUUUUGGCUCCAUAAUAAGCCGUGCAAAGGGUUCUCUAACAGAGAAUUCGGAUUCCCAGGCAAGCGAGAACCUCAAGCGUCUUACUCGGGAGCAUGCACAAUACACUGGCUCAAACACCCAACGGCCGCUUAUCGUCCAAGCAUUCAUUUGGUGGACCUUGACGAACUCUGUUUUCAAUCAUAAGAGUUCUUCCGAGGGGGGUCUUCUGUGGGCCGGCCAGACACGCGAGCCGCUCUACAGUCUGCAAAACGAACUUCGACCUUUAGAGUCCAGAGGCCAGUCACAUGAGGAAUCUAGGGAUCUGAAGAGGCUGGAACUCGAAACACAAAGUUACCACAAGUGGCGCGCCACGACCUCUAUCAUGCUAUCACAGAAAGAUUCUUUGCAGCGAAGGACGAGCAGUAUAAGUUUCAUCAUAGCCGAUAUAAUCACGGAUAUAAUGAAGACUGUAUCACCACUCAUCCAAGACCACCAGCGUCCAGCUGUUGAUCAAGAUAUCCAAAAGCAACUCCAUACUAUUCUACAUACUGCAAUAGAGCUGGAUUCAGAAUUAUCCCAACAGAGAGCUUGGAUCUUCUGCGAGCAGCGGGGGUUUGACCAGCUGAGUGGUUUCCCAUUUGAUAACGAUGCUAUGGAAAUGACAAAUGACUUAGAUCAUGUGAAAAAUGGUCAGACACGAUUUGCGGAACCAUGUGUUGAGCUUAUGAUUCGGCCUGCUCUUUUUAGAGCAGGUAAUCAAUAUGGCGAGGGGUACUCUGCGCGACAUGUGCUGAGUAAGGCGAAGGUUAUGGUUAGGGAGAAUCUAGCCACUAGACGGCGGGGUUAGUCAAACAUAUAUCAUACCAUCGCAAGAACAGGCUACAUAGAAACAAGAAUGAUAGUAGUCAUAGGUAUGGGGGUUUACUGGUCACAAGGCGCCG